CAUUUCCACCUACUCAUGCCCGGCCACUGGAUUCUACGACUGUUUGAACACCGGCCGGCCGGCUGCGCUCCAGUUCUUAAUCCUCAGUCAGAAAUCACAAUCCCAUUAUUCCAGGUGCAAUGGAUAUUGCCAUACUGCUGCUUCUCUUGAUCUUUGCACCAGCAGGGAUGCCAUCAUCUACCAGCUGCCCCUCAUCCACCUUCGAUCAUGUUGUCAACUCAGAAGCUGCACUUGAGUUCCCCUUGUUUCACACCGACCACCCAUGCGUCCAACAAUAUCGCGGUCGUCCGACGUCAACUGAAAGCAUCACUGAAACUGAUGAUACAGACCUGCCCAUUGACUUGAUACGGAAUGACAGCAUAAACAACUUUGCGUUUGUAAUGCCCGUCCAGCUGGGCACGCCACCGGUCUGGAACCUCGUGGCAGUUGACACUGGAUCUCCAUUCUGCUUUGUUCAGUGUAGACCUUGCACCCUCUGGUGCAACGAUCAAGAGGGUGCUGGCCAGAUAUUCGAUCCCAAGAAGUCCAAGAGUUUCAGGCGUAUUGGGUGCUCGGCGAAAGCCUGCCGGGCACUUCAGUCGCGGCUGCGUCUGCCGUUCAAAGCAUGCAUGGAGAAAGAGGAUAGCUGCCUUUACAGUGCGUCAUACGGGAAAGGAUCCUAUUAUUCAGUCGGCAAGCUGGUGGCAGACACAAUCUCCAUUGGGCGUGAUGGCAAGGGAUACAGUGUUCCCAGCUUCAUCUUUGGCUGCAGCUUGGACAUCGAGUAUGAUCAGGGCGAGGCCGGCAUAUUCGGGUUCGGUGCCGCACCAUCUUCUUUCUUCUCACAGGUAGUACGAGUGGUUAACUAUCGGGCAUUCAGCUACUGUUUUCCGAGUGAUAGAAAGAAGACUGGAUAUUUGUCCAUCGGGGAUUACAACCGUGACAAUUCUACUUCUUACACCCCCUUGUUCGUGGCUCAUCAACGGCCGGUGUUUGCACUGACGCUGGAUAAGGUGGUGGUCAAGGGGAUCACGCUCAUCACAGACCCCUCAGAAAUGAUGGUUGACACUGGGGCAAAAUGGACGGUGCUGCGGUCUGAUACCUUCAGCCAACUUGAGACGGUAAUCUCCAAGGCUUUGGGAACUUUGGGAUAUAAGCGCACCCUUGUUCUGGGACCAAAUCAUAUGUGCUAUGAGGAUGACUUAUUCACAGUGUUCCGCAAUUGGUCCGCUUUGCCUGUGGUACAGCUUUCGUUUGACAUGGGUGCUACACUUACAUUGGCACCCGAGAGCUCAUUUCAUUUUACAAGCAGUCAUGGACUAUGCACGUAUUUCAUGAGAGAUGCUGGCAUGGGGAAAGCAGGUUUGCAGCUGAUGGGGAACUCGGUCACACGGUCGAUCGGCGUCACCUUCGAUUUUCAAGGGGGCCGAUUUGCUUUUCGGGAUGGAGACUGCUGAUCAGUCAGUGUAAUGCGAGUGUGACCGCCACAUCCUCGACGGCGCAGGACAUGUCCUCUAUGACACCAAUGACUGGCGCCGGGCAUGAAGAGUCUGCGGCUGCUCCUGCAGUUCUGCUCACUCGUUCAGGAGCUUCGUGUGUUCUUGUUUCAGUACUAGAUUCCCAAUAAUUGUAACAAUGCAUGUCCAGCUUGUGCACUACUUGGCUAUUAAAGAAUAUAAAGAUUAUAAACC